AUGUCGCUCUUAAAAGCCCCCUCAAACCUCCCGGAACUCGUCAAAACGACCUUCAGCAAAGCCCUCGCCGCCAACGAGCUGCACUACUUCCCAACCCAAGUCACCAUCCUCCACAUCAACUCCAUCCCCUUCCAACUCCGCUUCUCCCCCGCCCUCGCCAACAAACCAAAAGGCCCUCCCCCCGAUCCCGCUCACCCGCGCAAGCCCUUUGAUCCCUUUGCCAACCCUCCCGCCUCGCUCUUCAUCACAGACCUGGGACACCAGCACUACCUCGUGCUGAACAAGUUUGCCGUCGUGCCGGAGCACUUCAUCUUGGCGACAAAGGAGUUCAAGCUGCAGACUCAUUUGCUGGAGGAAUCUGAUUUGCAAGCCACGCUCGCGUGCAUCGAUGCGGGGGGGAAGGCUGCGCAGGAGGAUGGCUUGUUUGCCUUCUUCAAUGGGGGGGAUCAUUCGGGCGCCAGUCAGCCUCAUAGACACAUCCAGCUCUUGCCCAUAUCCCGCAUGAGGGACGGUUUGGAAACGAGCUCCUCGUGGGAAGUCCUCGCUCAGCAAGCCGAUUCCCUUGACAAAACCCCCUUUGUUGCCUUUUCAGAACCAAUCAGCAUAGACACCUCGUCGGAAAACCUCCACGCCGCAUAUCUCCGCCUCUACAGAAAGGCAUGUCAAGCAGUCGCUCAGCAUACACACGCAGGGAGCACAGCCCCAACAGAUGACGAGGUUCCUUCUACUGGAGAAGCCAAGAUCAGUUACAACAUGGCCAUGACAAAGGAUAGGCUGGUCAUCUGCCCCCGACUCAGCGAUGGUUGUGAGAUUAGAGACGCCGAAACGUCGUCUCCGAUUGGGUUCCUCGCUCUGAAUGGGACGGUGCUGGCGGGCACAGCCUUGGUCAAGAGCGAAGCAGAGUGGGAGGCGUUGAAGAAGAGUCCAGACCAACUGCUGGAUGUGUUGAAGAGCAUCGGCGUACCGCGAGAAGAGUACCAGGGUGAAUCGAACAAGCUCUAG